GUUCGGCCACUCUUUCGCCGGUCACCGCAUUUUUUGUUAAGUUUAAAGAGGCUGAGCGGAUUGUAAAAAUGGUUGCCUACGUUUGCCUGCUCCAGGAGGGCAUCAGCAACAUCCCAAAGUUCAUCGAGAAGGCUAUCGAAAACAAGUACUCCGUGGUGGCCACCUCAAUCAACGCCAAUAUGUUGCCAUUCGAGCCCCAGGAGUCGGAUCCCACAUACCCGGCCACGGUUCUGGGGGCCCUCGACUGGAACUCGAAGGUGAUAUUCACGUUGUCCGACGUGAAUGUGGACUCGCCGAAUGCCAAGCUGCGCGCCUAUGCCAAGGAGGUGCUCCUAAGGGAAGCGAACUGGGCGGAGCAUCUACAGCACUCGGGCAAUGUGAUGGUGAGUCUCCGAGGCCCACAAAACGAGAACCUGGCCGCUAUUGUGCGGUCCAAAACAAAAGACCUUUUCCCCGCAGGCAACUGGUUAAUCCGUGUGCCCAUCACCAACCCGGAGUUGGCCACCUUCGAGCAUCGCAAAGAUGCCACCGAAGAGGACAUUGCCAAGGCGGAAGCCAUUGAUCCGUGGUCGUGGUGGAAUAACCUACGCCUAGCCGUCGACCACAACCCCAAAGUCAAGGUGGUGAUCGAGCUAAAUGACUCUGAUCGGCCCUGCAAGGAGACUGUGCGUCGUUGGCUGGGAGAGCCCAUCGAAGCCAUCAUCAUUCCAUCCUCGCUGUUCAUCAGGAAUCGCUCCAACUACGCUGUGCUCAAGAAGGAGUGGCAGAUAAUCAUCGGGCACUUUAUCGCGGUGCGAGCCAACAUCAUUAUAUCCACGAAUCCCAACGACAACGCCUUGAACCAGUAUGCCGAUUACCUCAACAAGCUCAUUAGCGAGAAUACAGAUUGUCACGCGAUAAACAGUUAUGAACACGUGCUUGAGAUUCCACUGCAGCCGCUUGGCGACAAUCUGGAUACCUAUACGUAUGAGAUAUUCGAAGCGGAUCCUGUGAAAUAUAAGCUUUAUCAAAACGCCGUGCAGGCUGCUUUGCUAGAUCGUGUUAGCGACAAUGAAGCCAAGAGCAAGUUGACAGUGAUCAUGUUGCUGGGUGGUGGACGGGGUCCGCUUGCCCGGGCUGUUUUCAAUGCCGCUGAGCUGGCACAGCGAAAAGUCAGGUUGUACAUUAUCGAAAAGAAUCCCAAUGCCAUUCGCACUCUCUCCUACAUGGUUAAGACUCUAUGGGCUAACAAGGAUGUGCACAUUUUCUCCAAGGACAUGCGCGAGUUUAAUCCACCGGAGCUGGCCGAUAUUUUGGUUUCCGAGCUGCUGGGCUCCUUUGGCGACAACGAGCUCUCACCCGAGUGCCUUGAUGGUGCCCUGAAACUGCUCAAGCCGGACGGCAUCAGCAUACCCUACAAAUCCACCUCGUACAUCAAUCCGGUGAUGUCUUCCGUUCUGUAUCAGAAUACCUGCGCCUUGCCCAACGCAACUGCCUUCGACUGCGGUUAUGUGGUGCUUAUGAAGAACAUUUACCACAUCGACGAGCCGCAGGCCCUGUUCGAGUUUAUGCAUCCCAAUCGCGAGGAGAAGAUCGACAAUACGCGCUGCCAGGUGCUCAAGUUCACGGCGAAAAAGAAUUGCGUGAUGCACGGAAUUGGCGGCUACUUUGAUACCCAUCUGUACAAGGACAUCUGCCUGAGCAUCAACCCGCUGACCCAUACGCCUGGCAUGUUCUCCUGGUUCUCCAUGUUCUUUCCAACGCAACCGCGAACAUUGAAGGAGGGCCAGACUGUAUCCAUCAAGUUUUGGCGCUGUGUGGACGCCACCAAGGUGUGGUACGAGUGGCAGGUGGUAGACUCUCCCGAGGACUGGGAGCACCACAACAUUUGCGGCAUUGGCUAUAGCAUCCGACUGUGGACGGAGUAGGAGCUGGCGAAUGCAAUACCGAGUAGUUAAUGUUUUUUUUUUCUGACUGGAAAUAUAAUCAAAACCGAAGCGACCUUAA